AUGCUUGAAGUUGGUUGGCUCGAAGCGGGAAAUGAUGAGGGAGCUGAACAACCAAUCCCCAAACCAAGUAAUCCAUCACAAGACGUUGUGGCGGGAGCUGCCGAACUCAAGACAGCAGAACUUACAGGCGCGCUUGAGACUGGUUGGGUCGAAGUAGGAGAUGAAGAGGGAGGUGGGCAACCAAUCCCAAGACCAAGAAGUCCAUUACAAGACGACGUUGUGGCGGGAGCUGCCGAGCUCAAGACAGCAGAACCAGUACUUACAGGCUCGCUUGAGACUGGUUGGGUCGAAGUGGGAGAUGAAGAGGGAGCGGGAGCCGCCGAACUGGUGGCAACUGAACCAGAACUUGCAAGCGUGCUCAAAGCUGGUUGGCUCGAAGUAGGAGAUGACGAGGGAGCGGGAGCCGCCGAACUGGUGGCAAUUGAACCAGAACUUGCAAGUGUGCUCAAAGCUGGUUGGCUUGACGUGGGAGAUGACGAGGGAGCAGGUGCCGCCGAACUGGUGGCAACAGAACCAGAACUUGCAGGCGUGCUCGAAGCUGGUUGGCUCGAAGUGGGAGAUGACGAGGGAGGUGAGCAACCAACCCCCAAACCAAGGAGUCCGUCGCAGGAUGACGUUGUGGUAGAUGAUGGGUUGGGGUUGGAUAAUGCAGCAGUCCCAGUAGAAAUUGAUGUUGGCGAGCUAGACAGGGUAGUCAUGGGCGGAUCACAACCUAGCCCCAAGAGCCCAAUACAUGAUGAGCUGGUCGGUGACGCAAAUGCUGAGGGGCUAGAGCUUGUAGUAAGCGUGUCAGUGCCUGGGGACGAGACUGUCGGACUGCUGGACGCAGAGGGCGUUGGGGUAUUGAUAGCAAGUCCACUUCCAAUUCCACUCAAUAUGCCAUCUGAGAACCAGCUCAUUAGAACAUCACCCAAACCAAAUAACGACAUAAAAUGCGCACCAAGACCACCUAAAAUGUCAUCAGGAGCUCUUUUCUUGAAUGCCAAAGAUCGCCUUGCGUGA